AUGGCUGCCCUCACGAUGGCCGACCCAGCAAGAGCAGACUUUUUCCACAGCAUGUACGGAUACGGAGGCCACGGCGCUAGCCUUCCACCACCAGUAGUCCUCACCUCGACCUGGUGGGAUGAGCAGAAGAUUGAGGAAACCGUCUGCCCCAGAUACAUACGAGAACGCAUCACCGACAGUGCGCUGAGGCGUAAGCUAGAGGAACCUUUGAAGUUUGGAGAAGGCCUCACAGAGGCAACCUAUUCUGAGUGGAUUGUGGAGCACACACGCAAGUUUUUCCUGAUAUUGUGUGAUCUGGGAUGCCCAGAGUAUAUUUUCAACAUCAUUGAUGGAUCGUGGGACGACGAGGAUCUGCCGCUGUCGAUGGCAACGAUUGAGAGGUUGGAGCUUCCGGCAGUGUCACAGGAUAAGAAGUUUGCAAAGAAGCAGUAUGCGUAUCUGGUUAGGGAGCUAGCGGAGGGACAGCAUACGGACUUUGAGGAUGAGGAGUUGGUACCAUUGGAGGUUAUGUCGAGACGGACGCAACCUGGGUCGGCGAAGCAGACAGUGGAGAAGGUUUACUUCCCAAGAUCACGGGAAGUGUAUUAUUCUCGAAGACGGGUGCCAUUAGGAUACGGAAGCCAUCAGUUACCAGUCGAAUCCUUCCUUGAAGAGCUCGAAACCCUUAACUCAAUCACACACGACCAUAUAGUGAAGCUGCAUCUUUCAUACACACAUGAGAAUGUGGGAUUUCUUGUUUUGUCGCCGGCACUCGAACUCAAUAUCAAGUCUUUUAUUCAGUACCCACCCACAACAUGGAAGUCGAAUACCAAAGAAGAACGGCGACGGAUAAUCUUCAAUUGGGUGCUCUGUCUCAGCGAUGCUCUAGCAUACCUGUAUGACAGAGGAAUUGCACAUGGCGAUAUAAAGCCAUCCUCAAUUAUAAUCGAGCAAAAAACAAACCGAAUCUUCCUCUCGGACAUUAGCAACUCGAAACGCCUAGAUCCUACCCAAAACAUCCCGCAAUCACCCAACUGUGGUGGAAUCCAGGACAUGGAGGCCUACGAAUACGGCGCCCCAGAGCUCUGGCAGCGAACGCUCGUAUCCCAAGAAUCCUCCAGCCCCCCUACAAACACUAUAUUCUCCGGACGCACCUACCGCAAAUCAUCAACCCAUUCGGAGGACAGUAUCUCAAUCACCAACAGCACCCAAAUCGGGCAAUGGACAGCCUUCGCUUCCAACCCUUCCAAAUCCGACGUCUUCUCACUCGCAUGUAUCUUCCUGGAGAUCUUCACCUUCCACGCAAAACGCAAGACUACCGCAUUUGCCUCGCACCGAUCCCAUAAGAACCGUCGCUCCCGUGAAUCCGCACCCCCGGAUUCAUCUUUCCACUCAAAUCUCGGCCAGGUCGAGACGUGGAUCACCGAUAGCCUCAUGAAAGAUGCAAGGAAGAAGAUGGACAUUCCAUUCUCUGAUGGACUCGGCCUGUGUCGAGAGAUGCUGCAGCGAGAUCCAGAGAACCGGCCGGACCCGCGCGGCGUUGUUGGGCGGCUGUACCAUACGGUUGUGGCGCCGGCGGUAGCACCAGAGUUGCCGCAUUGUGGGUCCAGCGAAGUAGAUGUACCGAUGGGCUUAUUUACGGGAUGGAAGGACGAGAGCGGACGAUCGCUAUCAACGGCGAGUAGUCUAGGGAGGGCAUCAAAGAGGUCGACGAUCUCGACGAUUAAUAGUUCGGACAAGAGGUGGAUGGCGAUCUAG